UAGAAGCACCCGAAAGGUUUUGCUUUCUACUGUGGAGCUCCGUUAAGUACAUAUUUCAUGUUACAAAACUUCAUUCAUUUUCGAAAAAUAAACCUAUCUGAGAAUUAGAGUUAAAGGAAAAUUUAUAUUCAGCGGAUAUUUUAUAUUUGAACUUGGCGGUUAUUGUUAAUACAGUUGAAACUGAUAGUCUCAACAGUAAUGUCUAUCAUUGCAUACUAGGCUUUAUUUACUAAAACUAAACUGUAUAUUUUGUUUUAGCGAAUUAGCCGAUCGUAGUUCACUACGUACACAUUUGGCUCGACAUGGAGGUGAUGACGGUGGGGCCGCUUCUUCUGAUGCAUUAGCUAGUCAACGUAAAAAAAAGACAAAAAAAAAGAAGAAAGGCUCCGAUGGAAAUCCAAAUAUGAAUGUUGUUGUUGGAGGUGGUGUGGGUGUGGGAGGUUUGGCAACGGUCUCCUCACCGAGAGGCGUAGGUUAUAUGCAAAAUGAUCCGCACCAUGGUGCGUCACUCUCAUCAUUGCCAAUCGUGAAAUCAGAACCAAUGGAUAGUGAACCAAAAGUGCGUGGUCGUCCACCAAAAAUGAAAUCAAGUGACAAUACACCACUACAACAAAAUUUUAAAGCACCCACAUCAUCAACAUCAACACCGAAUAAUCCGAUAAUGUCUGACUCACAAGUAAAAGCUGAACAAAAGUCUCUUGUACGUUCUCCAAGAGGCGUUGAUAUCUCAAAUGAAUUAGCUGAAUUAGCUCGAUCUAGGAUGCGAGAACAUAUUGAGUUUGCAACCGAUUCAUUAUUACCCGAACAAGAACAAGAAAUUAAUGUACGGUUACGUUCUGAAGGUUUGGUUUCUUGCCAUCGUUGUCGUGGAAAAACACAAUUUACAAGUUUGAAAAAAUUGAAAGAUCAUUUGAAAACGGAUUGUCCGUUGGGACCUGUUAUGGCGAUUUGUAAAUUUUGUGGUAUACCUUUCUCAUCCGUUAGCAGUGUCUGUGAUCAUCUUGAACUUUAUCAUGAUGAUUCAAAUGAUGGAGCACAUCCUCCAGAUGAUCCGUGUCGUGUAAAUGAUCGUGCAUUUCGGGCUGCAUUUGCUCGUUACAAAUUUCCACAAGUUGGUCGUAUUCAAUUUUCUGCACCAUCAACAACAAUUGGACAAUUAAUUCCAGAAAAUGAAUCAGCUGCUUGUUUAAGCAAUGGUGCAAGCUGUCUUCGUGUGAGGAUGCUUUCUUGUGAUCGUUUUUUAAAUCCAUUGGAUAGUUUUGCUGCAUCUCAUGUUAUUGUACUAAAUGUUGGAAGACCAAUAAGAUGUGUUGAAUGGUUGCCUAGAGCUGUUGAUGUCAUCGGUAGUCAAUAUGUUGCAUUAGCUCUUGAACAAUGGUCAUAUGAUACGGGCAGUCAGUUGCAUGGGCAUGGAUUUACAGGAAACAAUACUGCUGGUGGAACGUCCAAUUCAGAUCGUCGUUCACCACCUGGUUCUACACUAUUACUGAUUUUAAAUUGUGGACGUUUAAGACAAAGUUUACAUGUACCGAAUUUGCAUGUGACAGUAGCAGCCGAUUUUGGUUUAGUAACAUGUCUCAAAUGGUUGCCUGAUCGUCCAACAAUCAAUGAUCCCUAUUUAAGUUAUUUAGCUAUAGGCACAAGUCAAGGAAUUGUAUUAAUCUUCGGUGUACCACAUGGAGCAUCAAGAAAUUUAUGUACAAUCAACAGUGGAGCACAACUAGUACCACCGUUAAAUCGUCGAAAAGAUGGAAGUGUUGGAUGUGCAGAAUAUGGUUCGUGUACAGCACUCGAUUGGUGUCACGAUAAUCCAAAUAAAUUAUGUGCUGGCUAUGAAAAUGGUAUUGUACUUAUGUGGGAAGUUAAUGCAAAAUCAUUAGUUGAGCAGGCUAGUAAUUGUGCACUCAUUUAUCCAGUAAGACGAUUUUUUGUUGAAGACACACCAAUACAAGAUGUUAAAUUUUUAAGAAAUUCAGAACAUUUAAUUGCAAUUAGUUUAAAAAACAAACAUUCAUGGACUGUUUGGACUACGCGUGAUGAAAACAUAUUUUGUUAUCGUCACUGGUCUAAUUCUAGUGAAUUUGCAUCAUCAGCUGUAAACGAAACACUAUUUGCCGGUUGUGCACAUCCAAAUAAUCAUAAUGAAGUAUUAUCUGUACCGAUCAAUUCAAUAUUAUUACCUGGACAAAAUGUUUCUACUCAUUGUCAAAAUUCAAUGCCGUCUGCUUGGCAAAUUGUUAGUUUAGAUUAUUCAGAAUGGAUUGAUGCUGUCGGUUAUGCUGAUUUAGAUGGUACUGUUUAUGUGGCUCGUGGAGAUUCGUCCACAUGGAAUCAAGGUGGUGCAAAAUUUAGACCGAGUGUGUGUGUUGCAAAAUUAUCGACAUAUUUGACGGGAACUGGUGGAGCAACGGCGGGAAAUCUGGCUACGGAUCCUGUUGGACUUCAACAGUAUAAUCAAGCCCAAUCUGCUGCUUGUGGUGUUCCAACUGGUCAAUAUUGUGUACAAAUAGCUAUUGAACGAACGGAAUACGCUAGCAGUAAUGUGGACACACAACACGAUGAAACACACAAAGUACAUACUUACAGAAAAAUUCGUUUUAAUCCAAAUCCUGGUACACAUUCUUGGAUAGCCUCCGCCGACAAAGUUGGUUUAUUUCUUUUAUUUCGAUUAUCAACAUCUGAUUCACCAUUGUCAGACAAAUUGACGCAACGACUUCAGAGGGUGCAAGUUCUUUAA